AUGGCGACCUCACUCGCGCUCGAUCGGCUUGUGGAUGUCGAUUGGACGUUUGGCGUGACCGCCGGCUCGGAUGUCCAGCGCCGGUCGAAUGCCACUUUUGUCCGCCUGAAGAUCACACUCCUGAGCCCUGAUUCGCAGCUGGAGAAUAUUCACCUUGAGCUGAGCAUCGCCCAGUUUUAUGAGCUGAUGAAGCAACUGGAGGAGGCUCGCCUUGCCCUGGCCAAGGCCUCCUAA